AUGAGUGAAGAACGAGAUGAAUCAGAUGAUCGAAGUAAUAGUAAAUCAUCACGUCAUCAUGAUUAUUUAGUUAAACUUAGUGGUAUUCCAUAUUCAACAACUAAAGAUGAUAUAAAAAGAUUUCUUCAGCCAUGUCAUAUUACGACUAUUCAUUUAUUUGAAGAUAAUGAUAAUCCAUCGAAUGAAUGUUUUGUUGAAUUAGAAUCAGAAGUCGAUGUAACUGAUGCAUUAAAAAAAUCAGGUGUAUAUUUAGAUAAAAAAUAUGUUGAAGUUUUUCGCACUACUGAUUAUGAAUUUAAUUUUCAUGUGAAACAUAAAGGUCAGGUGACAUGGUCUGAACCUGUCAUUCGUAUGAGUGGUCUUCCAUUUUCUUGUACUAUGGGUGAAGUACAAAAUUUUUUCGAGAAUAUUGAAAUAGCAAGAAAUGGUAUUUAUAUAACACGAGAUAUGGCAGAUCAAGCAUUGGGUGAUGGUUUUGUCGCGUUUGUUAAUAUGACUAAUGCUUACAAAGCAAUUGAUACCCAUGAUCAAAAACGUAUUCAACACAGGUUCGAUUGGAUAUGGUCCUUUAAUAAAUAUGCAAAAGAAUUAGAAGCAGCAGAUUUAAUUAAUGAAAAGAAAAAUAAAGGGAGGAUUAGAUAUAUCGAAUUAUUUCCAUCAACAUAUGAGGAAGCAAAAAAACGAAUUUUGAAUGAUGCUCGUUCAAAUGCGAAACAAUUUGUUGGUGAUGAUGAGGAUGAUGAUACUAAAAUAGAUACGAAUGAUACUAAUAUUAUUGUUAAUAAUAUAAAAAAAGAUAAUACUGAUACUAAUAAUAUUGUUCAAAGAGCUUCGCGUAGUCGAAGUCGAAGUCGACAACGGUCACGAUCGACAAGUCGAGAUUAUCGUCAACGUGAAAUAAAACGUCGUCAUUCACCAUCAGUUUCACCUCCACCACGUUCACGUCCUCCACCAAGAAAUAUGCAUCCACGUAAAUUUAAAUAUCUUUACUUGAUGGAUUAUUUUAUAUUGAAAUUGUUUUUUUUUGUUCAUACUUCAAUAGGUUCAUUUAAUAAUAAUAAUAGUUAUCGUCGUCGAAGUCGUAGUAGAAGUCCAGUACGUCGUACAUCACCUCGAAGUGGAGAACAUCUUGUUAAAAUUCGUGGUAUGCCUUAUACUGUUGUUGAAGAAGAUGUUCGAAAGUUCUUUCCAUCAUCUUGUCAACCCAUUCGAAUUGAAAUUGUACAAGAUCGACGUAUGAAACGACCAAAUGGUGAUGGUUAUCUCUAUUUUUCUUCUCUUGAAGACGUCGAUGAAGCAAUGAAAUGUGAUCGUAAAUAUAUGGGUAGUCGUUAUGUUGAACUUUAUUUUGAUUCACCACGUUAUGCAGCAUUGAAUAAUCGACGAAAAAAACCUGAUAGUAUACAUCGUCGUUCAUCUCGUUCAUCAUCAAGAUCAAGAUAUAAUCGUCGUAGUCGUUCAAGAAGUGGUUCAGGAUAUUAG